AUGGCUUCGCCCUCUCCGUCGGGCGAUGCCUCGAGCUCGCGCUCCUCGAGGUCUUCGGCUGGUACCACAGAUCCCGUGCUUCGCAACACGCUGCGCUACACCAUCUCGGCGCGCGAGUACGCUUCCCUGCACAAGUACAUCCUCUCGCGGUCCCGAGUGCUCCGACGCGCGACUCCGAACCCUAGCCGUGUGGAGAAGGCGCUUCAACCGCCCAAGGGGAGCGAUGAUUACAAUGUUAGGGCGGUGCGCCAUGCGCUGAGGGUGUUUGUGGGAACCUUUCUGGGUAUGAAGGGAUGGGAUGUCGUGGCCAAGAGGAUGAAGAAGGAGGAAUCUAAUGCGAACGCGAAGAAGAAGCCUUUCUACAAGUCUCCCGCCCUGAGACUAUCACUAUCACUCUCCACCAUUCUCCUGCUUUAUAGGCUACUCUUCCGCUUCCUCACUCGUCUGCGCGUACAUCUGCUCGAUCCCCAGGUUGAGCCCUUCCGUAUGCGCAAUCCGCGAACCGCGGCGACGCUCACAUCACCAUACGCGCCAGCAGUUGGUGCAUCGCUCGCUGGUCUCGCUCUUGGCAUCUACCCAAGCGAGAAGAUGCGCGUUUCCAUUGCCAUCUACACCAUCUUCCGCGCACUAGAGUUUGCGUAUAAUCUGUGCGAGUCUGAGGGAUUCAUCUGGGGACGGAGCAAUGGCGUCAAGAGGGAUAGACCUUGGUGGUUUGGCAGCUGGAUGUUGCAGCCCCUUGCUUUUGGCCAGCUUCUUCAUGCGGCUGUCUUUGACCGCGACUGCUUCCCCAAGCCCUAUGGCGACUUUAUCUUCAAGAGCUCAUCGGCUUAUCUCCACCCGCGCCCGCAGGACUGGCCAGCCGGUCUCAAGUGGCCUCAGACGUCUCAAAUCGUCGACAGCCUGGCUCAGAUGGCGCGCUUGAACUGGCCUGCUUAUAUCUCUCCAACCUUGUUCCCCAACAAGGAAGUUCUUCCUCCGAGCCUCAGCACAAUUGCGCCAUUGACAUCCCGUGCUCACCCACUCAUCACAUCUCUAUCAUGCGCGACAUUACACCCUGGCGACCCGUCUUGUUCUCGAACAUAUCUCACAUUCUGGCUUAAUUCGUUCCCGCCUCUUGCUCGCUUCUUCGUUCUCCUCUACUCGGCCUUGACGGUUAUCCCCCGGUUCUCAUCAAUCUACCACAGCCCUCUGGCCACUCUCCAGCGUAUCAUCACCAAAGCUCUCCGCAUGUCGACUUUCGCUACAGGAGCCAUUUCAACAGCCUGGGCCUCUAUCUGCUUCUUCCAGAACUGGCUCCCCCGUCAUGUUCUUGCCACUCAGCGUUUCUUCCUCGGUGGUUUCUUUGCUGGUCUGUGGGCCUUUAUUGAGCGACGAAGCGGCCGUGGCCUGUUCCUGUACAGCGCGCGCGCAAGCAUUGACAGCCUGUGGAAGGUUGGUGUGAAGCGACGCUGGUGGAGAAGCAUGAAGGGCGGUGACGUGUGGGUGUUCAUGCUGGCACUCAUGGUGACCGGUGUCGUGUACGAGAAGGAUGCGCAAGCAAUCCGGGAGAACAACUGGAGAAAGGGCGUGAGCUGGCUGCAAGGUCAAGGCUGGAGGGACUGGAGCGUCGAUGAUGAUGAGAACCAGGACGAGGAGGGUCAGGACAAGGAGGAGUAA